CUGAGACAGACUCCCAAAGACAAAAUGACCCCGCACCGGUCACCCUCUGCGCGUUAAUUCACUGUCACCUCCGGACCCAGGACUUAUAUUUCUUUGGAGAGGGUUUAGGGGGAAACCCGCCACUUUCCCUUCAGUUUGCAUCAUCUCCGCUCUCCGUCCAGCCCCGGCUGCGGCUGUCUCUCCACAGCAACGGGAGAGGUCCAGCCAAGCUGAGCUCCGCGGAGCCAUGCGACAGUGGUGCGUCCCCGCCGCGACCCCUCGCACCGAACCACUCCCGGGGCUCCUGUCUGUGUCACCUCCUCCACCGGGAGAUGCCAGGAUGGAGUGCUGUGAGGCGGAACCGCGCUACACCAUCGAGCAGAUCGACCUCCUGCAGCGCCUGCGUCUGUCCGGCAUGACCAAACCUCAGAUCAUCCACGCUUUGGAGUCCCUGGAGAGGCUGGACCCGGACCACCGCCCGUCCCACUGUGACUCUCAACGCGCCCCGUCCAACAACAACACCCCCGCCGCGGCUGCCCCGGCCCCCUCUUCCUCCUCGUCCUCGUCCUCCUCGCUCUCCCUAGCCUCCGCCACCACGCAGACCUCCGGCCUGGACGGCGCCGCGCUGUCCCCCAGCAACAGCUACGAGGCCUCGCCUCCGCCCCUCUACCCUCCCAGCGUGGCCGUUCAGCGGUCGUUCAGCUACGACAUGAUGGGAGAGGAGGAGUGGGACCUGGAGGAGAAGGUGGAGGAGUACAUGAGGAGAGACAGCAACCUGGUGAAAGAAGAGAUCAAAACGUUCCUCAACAACCGCAGGAUCUCUCAGGCAAUCGUGGGCCAAGUUACAGGCAUCAGCCAGAGCUACAUCUCCCAGUGGCUGCUGCAGCAAGGCCUGGAGAUGAGCGACUCCAAGCGCCGCGCCUUCUACCGCUGGUACCUGCUGGAGAGGAACAACCCCGGGCUGAGGUGGAGUGAAAGCCAGCACAGCGUGAGUCCCAUGCCCAGGACGGUGGCGGGGGCGAGUGGCUGCCUCCCCAACCCCAACACCAACCUCAACCCCAACCCCGUGUGGAGCAGGCAGAGAGAGCUACUGAUGCACUUGCUGCCGUGGUACACUGCUGCCGCCGCCGCCGCCCAGGCCCAGCCAGGGGCCACCCUGUCGAUGCGGUCCCUGGUGAAGGAGGAGCCCGAUUGGAGGACGGGGAUCAUGGCCGGCGACAGAGCCGGGAUGGUGGGCGGGCCUCUGAGGCUGCGCAGAGGAAGCAGGUUCACCUGGAGGAAGGAGUGCCAAUCAAUCAUGGAGAGCUUCUUCAUGGAGAACCAGUACCCAGACGAAGCCAAGCGAGAGGAGAUCGCCAACGCCUGUAACUCCGUCAUUCAGAAACCAGGCUGUAAGCUGUCUGAGUUUGAGCGCGUGACGGCGUUGAAGGUGUACAACUGGUUUGCCAACCGUCGGAAGGAGAUGAAGAGAAGAGCGAAUAUCGAAGCUGCCAUUUUGGAAAGCCAUGGAAUCGAGGUGCCAAGUCCGAGCUGCCACUCUAAUGGUGAAGAGGGAGAGAUGCACGAGUUCGCCGACCAGGUGAAUCACCGCUUCUCAGAGCAGGAAGACGCCUCUUCCCACAGGAUCAUUGACCAACAAGACUCCUCCUCGCUGGCCACCACGGAGGCUGCGGCCCUGCCGAGCCCCACCCCUCAGGUCCCGGAUCGCAAGGAGGAGGAUUCAAAAAGGGAGACUGUGGAUGAAGAGUGACCAAAGCUGGUGGAGUUUGGAUCAUAUUUGAAUUUUAAUGAGAUUAAAUAGGAAAAAGCGUCUCCUCCUCCAACCAUGUAGAGCCUUUUGGGGGCUAUCGCACCCAAGAGUCAAAGGGAGAAGGGUGCUAAAGCUCGCUGAGGUGCCUCUAUAGUAAGGAGGCCACUGUAUUUAUCAACAGUAAUCCUGCUUAUAUUAACGGCAAUAUACAGUAUAUAUAUAUCAAUAUAUAGUGCAUUCCAAGAUGGUAUUAAAAAGCCUAAAUUCCUUAGAGGGAGGAUUAUGUAAUGGAUACCUCGCCCGUUUUAAGCUAAGCCUUUUCUUCGUUUCUUCGCUACAUGCCUUCUGUUAGCCUUUUUAAAAAGAGUGAGUGAGUGUGCUGAGCCUGCAGGUCAGGUGUGUUUGGGUGUGGUGGUGGUGGUGGUGGAGGAUCUAGUUUCGGGUGAUGUGAACACCUUCGUGAGACUCUAACCUCAAUCGGUCGAUCCAAUCGGUCGGUCAAUCAAUCAACGAGUGCUGUUGCUACGGAAUCCGUAAAAAAAGCGCCCUGAGGGACAACUGGAAUCUCAGGUAAUCCCAAAACCGGUGGAUAAAGGACAGCGAUAAAUUGUCUCAACACGUGCUUUACUUUCUUCAUCUUCCUUUUCUUUCAUCUUAACUGUGUUUAACCAAAGCAGGAUGUGUUAUUUAUACCUUUUUAUAUUAGCAAUAUAUCACAGUAUCUCGUCUUCUUUGUUAUACUGAAUGCUGCCGUUUGGUCCUUUUUGUAGUGUAUCCUCAUUUCAACGUUCACGUCUCAAACCUCAACUCAGCCAGUGAAGCUAGACGAGAUACACAAGUCUACUCGCUUUCUUUUAUCUUCUUCUUUUUUUUACGUUUGAAAGAACGCUAAAAACAAAAUGUGAUGGAAAACAAUGCGUCAGCCUACGCGCUACAAGCACCUUCUCUCCUGUUGGAAUAAGCUAAAGCUUAAGCUCCUGUACGUUUGUAUGACUGCAAAGCUGCACUUGGAAGUGGAUCUCACUAUAAUCAGACUGGGCCUAGACCUGUACAUAACCCAGAGGAUACACACGUCUGUGGGUGCUUUUCCUUUAGAUGACCUGAUGUAGAAACUGUUCUUUGUCAAACUUGAAUAGCUGACUUUAAACUCUGCGUACCUUUGCUCCCCUUGUACUUAGCGGCCCAAGGCCUCGGGAGCUACUCCCUCAACGUUCAUGAAAUGGACUCCGGACGCCUUCGGGCGCCGCCACGUUACCUCGUAAUGCCAAAGCUAUGCCAAGGUAGAGAUGAGCGAGCAGGAAGUGACGCAGUCACUGACCCACACUACGUAGAUGUUUAUUAGCUCAGUACAACACUAGCCAACUCUAGCUUACCUCAGAAUAUCUCCGUGACAGGCCGACUGUCAUUAACGUGUCAGCAGCCGCUGUUGUGACUGUUUAAAAAAUGUGCACAGUGUUAUGUAGCAUUUAUGACGUGGGGGGGGUCCACCCUGUGUUUAUGAUGUAAACUCAACCUCAGACAGUUCUCUCGUCCGGCUUUGGACGGGAACCCCAAAGCUGCACGCCGUUUCUGAUUAUUCCGCUUCUCUCUAUCUGCUUUUAUCUGACAACCAGGAAAAAAAAAAAAAAAGACGAUAAUAAAAUUGUAAACAAUGUCGGUGAUAUGUCUUGAUUUCUUGUUGAAGAGGUUGGUAUUGGAGCGUUCAGCUGGUGUCGAGGUGAUGGAGCUGGAUUCAAGCACUUCCUGAGACGAGUCGAGUCCCAUUUAGUGUCUCGCCCUGUCGUCACACGCACGGUAGGGCUGAGUUACUCAAUUCAGUACCUGCAGUGAAGAGUGCCAACGUUGUGAGGAACGUGUCUGGCAGAGCAGACGAAGACGACGCUUAAUAACACAGGUGAGCAACAAAGAAACACACGAAACUAAAUUCACGGUAAAGAUUCUACAUGCCACCAAAACUAGACCACUGGUCAAAGCUGGAGCUUAUCUCCUGUCUCAGGUCCUUGUGAUGGACCGACACCAAAUAGAAGAAUGAAAGAAAAAAAAAAACAUGUAGUUGUAAAAAUGUAUUGAAAUGAAAAUUAGUUAUUUUUCAAGGUACUGUACAUAAAAGCUUGUCUUGUUUAUAUAUGCCCCCCCUAAUUUACUCUGUAAUAAUAGAACUACAAGCUCAAAGCUCCACUUCAUUGCUCUUGUGGUAAGUGACCACAUGUUGCUGUUCCCAGUGUAUCUGGAAGAUAACAAAUUGCUG